AAUUAAUGUAACUUAUGACAGAAGAGACACAAGCAAACAAUCAUAGAAUUCGUUGAAAUCGUAAUAAAAUUGUUAUGGAAAGUAAAAGUUAUUUGUAAACUGCAUUUUUGUGUAACGCAAAGAUAGUGGUUAGAAUCACCUAAUUGAGUAUAUCUGAAGCUGAACAAUGGCAUCAUCUAAUACAUUACAAAAAGCGAUUGACCUGGUUACUAAGGCUACAGAAGAAGAUAAGAAUAAAAAUUAUGAGGAAGCAUUAAGACUUUAUGAACAUGGGGUAGAAUAUUUCCUUCAUGCUGUCAAAUAUGAAGCACAAGGUGAAAAAGCUAAGGAGAGUAUUCGAGCAAAAUGUCUACAAUAUCUAGAUAGAGCUGAGAAGUUGAAAGAAUACCUUAAGAAGGAUCGAAAGAAGAAGCCAGUUAAAGAUGGAGAGUCAAAGAGUGAAGAUAAAAAGAGUGAUAGUGAUAGUGACUCUGAUGAUCCAGAAAAGAAGAAACUGCAAGGUAAACUAGAAGGUGCCAUAGUUGUUGAAAAGCCACAUGUAAAAUGGAGUGAUGUUGCUGGCUUAGAAGGAGCAAAGGAAGCAUUAAAAGAAGCUGUUAUCCUUCCUAUUAAGUUUCCUCACUUAUUCACAGGCAAAAGGAUACCUUGGAAAGGUAUUUUAUUAUUCGGUCCACCUGGUACUGGUAAAUCGUAUUUAGCAAAAGCAGUUGCUACUGAAGCAAACAACUCUACAUUCUUCUCUGUUUCAUCAUCCGAUCUUGUUUCUAAAUGGCUCGGUGAAUCAGAAAAAUUAGUGAAGAAUUUAUUUGAACUUGCUCGUCAACAUAAACCAAGUAUAAUAUUUAUUGAUGAAAUAGAUUCUCUUUGUUCUUCUCGUUCCGAUAAUGAGUCUGAAUCAGCCAGGAGGAUCAAGACAGAAUUUCUUGUUCAAAUGCAAGGUGUGGGAAAUGAUAUGGAUGGUAUACUGGUACUUGGGGCUACAAAUAUACCUUGGGUUCUUGAUGCUGCUAUUAGAAGGCGUUUUGAGAAGCGUAUUUACAUCGCUCUACCUGAAGAACAUGCUCGUUUGGAUAUGUUUAAAUUGCAUCUAGGAAACACAAGACAUCAACUGACCGAGCAAGAUAUGAAGGUUCUAGCUACAAAGACGGAUGGUUAUUCAGGAGCUGAUAUUAGUAUUGUUGUUCGUGAUGCUUUGAUGCAACCGGUACGUAAGGUCCAAUCGGCCACUCACUUUAAGAAAAUUUCGGGACCAAGCCCGACUGAUCCUAAAUUGACUGUUCAUGAUUUGUUGACUCCGUGUUCUCCUGGUGAUCCAGGGGCUAUGGAGAUGACAUGGAUGGAUGUACCGAGUGACAAGUUGGGUGAACCGCCAGUGACAAUGUCAGAUAUGUUGAGAUCUCUAGCUACGUCUAAGCCAACUGUCAAUGAUGAUGACAUGAUCAAACUCAAGAAGUUCAUGGAAGAUUUUGGUCAAGAAGGCUAAAAGGAUUAUGUCAUGUUUUCUUGAUUCACAAAUUUAUGAUCUUGUAGACUAAGGGUCUCCAAGCCUGCCGAGUGAUAUUAAAGAUGGUUGGCUAAAAUAAUGGAACCCACAUUAUACUAGAUCUUACGAUUUUCUUUACUAUUUCAAAUAUAAUUAUGUAUCCUAAUUUUAUAGAAUUCAAAUUGCAUUAUUAGAAAUACAUAACACAUCUCAUAAAUAAAUAUAAUUUUUAUUUUGUCUUUGAUUCUUUGAGUGUUGCCAGAAAUUAAUAAGUUUGAAAAAGCAUUUAAAAAAGUCUUGUUGUGACUUUGUAAGUUUGGAGACCCUAUUUUAUUUGAUUCUUACAUAAAACAAAAGAUUAUUUACUAUAAUAUUAUGUUGAUAUGUUAAAAAUUAUAAUUGUAAUGUUACAUCCGUCUAAAUAAAAAAAAAAUUACCUUUACAAGUGCACAUUCGAAGUACCAAAUUGAUACCUAUUGUAAACCAAGGAUGUAAACGAUUUUUUACAAUGUUUCGAUUUUAUUUCAAACAGCAAAUAUUUAAUCACGGAUGUUUUUAACAAUAUUUAUGGUCUUUUUUAUAGAAAACUUAUUUUGUAUUUUAAUUUAUAUUUUGAGUACUAAUACGAAGAACCCAGGUAAUGACCCGACUCAAAAUUUGUGGCUCAAGGUCACUGACAGAUGCCACGCCCCGCGUCUCUUUAUACCCCGCAGUACCUAAAAUCCUGUUCUGCGCAUUAAUUCGUGAGAUGUUCCGAGCCGUUUAAUUAUUUGAUGUACUUUUCUAUCUAAAUCGACGCACGGGCAGUGAUAUCUCGUAUGAAUAAUUUUUUCAACUUGACGGAUUAAUUCAUAAUUUAAUUGUUAUCAAAUAUUGUAUUUUCUGUAGCUUCUUACAUUUAUAAGUAUUGUAUUAUUCAUGCAUUGAUACAGGGUUACAUUUGAGUUAUAUAUUGUAUACUAAAAAUUCGGCUUUGUGUUUCACAAUUACACAUUACAUGUAAAGUCUAUGUAAAUAAGAGUGAAAAGGAACACUGACUAAGGGCCCCACAGACUAGACUUUAACGCCGAUAGUUUGAUCGGGGUCUGGCUGUCAAGACAAAAUUAUUUAAAACAAAUCGAUGUAUGCUGCUACACACGAUUUAACGCCCAAGUAAACUAUCCAGUGUUUAAAAGUCUAGUAUUUGGUAGGCUUAAGGUAUAUUUACCCCUCGGUAGGCACAUAUGUGAGUUGAAUUCAAAUGUUCAUAUAUUUGAUCCAUAUUCAAAUUAGUAAGCGCUAUGUUAUUCGAGAUUAAUAAGCGUCUAUAAAAGCACGAUGUUUGACUAGAUAUAAAUUUUCAGCUUGUGUAUUACAUUAUAAUAUUCUAUCGCUACAGAUUAGCGCAGAUAUGAAUUCAUAUUUUCUGUCUAUUACCUAAUUCAUAACUUCAUGCAAUUUUAUUUUUAUAAAUCUUAAUAAGCAAAUAAACACUUGAAUGAUGC